CCAAAACUCACAUACCAAUAUUUCUUUUUUGUCACACUGAAGUUCUCGUAGGGGCAGAUGCUUCAUCCUUCAAGCCAUGGAAAAUACUUAUGGCUAGCUUUAGUGUCUUUGCUUCUCUUCCCCUUCACAACUUCAUGUUGGUUUGACUAUACAAGGAAAUGUUCUCCAAGUGAUAUACAAAUAUACCAAGGCCCAUCUGGUUUUAGUGGUCUUCAUAUACCCCAAUAUACAGUGCAAAUUGUGAAUGAGGCAUCAGCUAGUGAUGGGGUAUUUAAUGUUCAAUUACAUUGUGGUGAAUUUGCUUCUGCAAAUUUGAUUGAACCAUCAAUAUUUAAAAGAAUUGGUUGUGGUAUUUGCCUCUUGAAAAAUGGCGAAAGGAUUCUCCCUGGAGAAGUGAUUUCUUUUGAGUAUUCAAAUAUUCUUCCUUAUGAUUUAUCUGUUAGUCAAGUUAAGUGCUGAUUAUCAGAGGCGGAUUCAAGAGUUUAUGUUUAUGAGUUCUGAAUUCAUAACCGUUUUUGUUUAUCGCGUUUGUGGAUA